AUGGCCGACCUGCCUACGCGACCGCCUGCGCCUGCGCCGCCUCUCCCUGCAGGCUGGACAGCGCACAAGGCACCUUCAGGACACACCUACUACUUCAACAAGGAUACGAACAAGUCCACAUACACCAGACCGGUCGCAGAAGCUCCCCAAUUCAACUACCCUUCUCCUGCCGCCCCUAUCUCUUGGAAUCCUCCGCCGCAAAACGACAGCUUCCGUGCUCCGCCCACACAGCAUGCGUACAGCCCUCAGCAGCAGAUGCAAGACCUCAUAUUCGGUGGCGCGCCGAGACAAGCUUUCCAAAACAACGGACAACAGCGAGGUGGACACCGUGGCGGAUUCAGAGGGGCGCAUAACAAUUUCUCGGAGAGAAGACGCGAAAAAGAUGACAAGCCCAAGCACCGCAGCGACAUACCAAACUGCGCGCCAUGGGUGCUUGUCAAGACGAGGUUUGGGAGACGUUUUGUCUGGAACAAGGAGACGAACGAGAGUCUUUGGAAAUUCCCGCCGAACGUAAUGAAGGCCGUUGUGGAUCUCGACCGCAAGCAGCGCGAGAAGAAAGAGCGCCGAGAACGCGGCGAGCCCAGUGAUGUGGAAGAGGAGGAAGACACCGCCAUGGCAGACAUUGACGCUGAGCUGGCAGCUGCCGAGGAAGAGGUGGAGAUUGUGGAGGUCGACGGCGAAGAGGGCAUGGAGAACGACGAAGAAUACGAGGAAGUCGAAGUCACAGACGACGAGGGCGAGGGGGCAGAAAGCGCAUCGAAACGGCAGCGGACAGAGGAGUCACUCAAGGACCAGGCGCAGGCAGCAGAAGACGACGAUUUGGCGUGGCAGCUAGCGCAGAUGGAAGAGAUGGAGAUGGGCGAAGGCUACGAGGAGGAGUAUGCGGACGAGUUCCAAGACGAAGCACCAGCAUUGACAGAAGAGGAUUGCAAAGCACUGUUCAAGGAGCUUCUGGACGACACACGGCUAAGUCCGUACACGCCAUGGGACAAGAUCCUCGAAGACGGCACGCUCUACGACGACGAGAGAUACAAAGCCCUCCCCAACAUGAAGGCACGAAAAGACUGCUUCGACGAGUGGGCACGAGACAAAAUGCAGUACCUCAAAGAAGAGAAGGCCAAGCAACAGAAGCGUGACCCCAGGAUACCCUACCUGGCCUUCCUCGACCGCUACGCAACACCAAAGCUCUACUGGCCAGAAUUCCGACGCAAAUUCAAAAAGGAGCCAGAGAUGAAAGACACCAAGCUCUCGGACAAAGACAAAGAGAAGCUCUACCGCGACCACAUCAAGCGCAUCGGCAUGCGCCAUUCAGACCUCAAAUCCGACCUCUCCGCCCUGCUGCGCACACAACCCCUCGCCGCCCUCAACCGCUCCACAACAAUCGACACACUCCCCUCCGCCAUCCUCACAGACCUGCGCUACAUCUCCCUUCCCCCUGCAACGCGCGACUCACUCCUCCAAACAUACAUCUCCACGCUUCCAGCCGCGCCCGAAGGCGCCGCCGCGACGGCCGAGGAGGAUGCUGAGCGCGCCAAAAAGCGCGCAGAGAGGGAGCGCCGAGAACACGCACUUGCCGAGCGCGAGCGGAGAGUGCAAGCCGAGAAACGCAAGCAGGAGCGCGACCUGGCCUACGGCAAGGGCCGGUUGAGAGAGGAGGAGGAGGAGAUUCAGCGGGCAUUGAAGGUUGGUAAAGAGGGGCUGAAGGGCCAUUUGGAAGCUUAG